AUGUCAACCAAGGGCGCUGAUUCGCGGCGGAAUGUUAAAGGACUGUGCAAAACAAUGUGCCCGGAGUCGGAAAUUCAAUUUCGAUGUUCGAAUGGUAUGAUUCACAUUCUGGAAAGAUGCCGUGACUCAGAGAAGAACCGUGAAACUCACAAGUUAGUGAAAGAAUAUGCUCGUCCAGCCGCUGGCCGCAAUCAUCUUCAUCCGGAAUCUCUUCGUCCUCCUGAUGUACUUGUAGAAACAGUUCAUUAUCUUCUAAAAUUGUAUGAACAGGAGAAAGAGAAACGAUUCGAUUGUGUGUACACUUUUGUUUGUGAUCGUUUGAGAGCUGUGAGGCAAGAUAUGAUUCUCCAAAACCUUCCAGCCGUGGAUACAAUUCGGAUUCUUGAAGCAAUGAUUCCGUUUUAUUUCGAAAGUGAAUAUUUAUGCAGGACGAAGAGAUGUGAAGCAUACGAUUGGAAACUACAUUCAAAUUAUUUGGAGGAGUGCCUGUCAAGAUGGAGCGAUGCAGCAGUUCAUGUACCCAAACAUCUUAUUAGUUCACGAAUUGUUUCCGCUUAUAUUCUUCAUCAAAUCCCUUUGUGUUCUGGAUUGAAUGACAUGUUCCAGUGGAAGGAUUUCCUUGCUAACAAUUUAUUUGAUAUUCUUCGCGAAAUCACUAUAGCUUACCGUUCCAACAAUUACGUACGAUUCUUCCGCAAGCUCUUCCAGCUUCCAAGUGACUGUAUUGUCGUAGCUGCCGUCAAAGCAGUGGAAUCUCUGAGGCAUCGGGCUUUUUCUACGAUAAGCAUCGCAUAUAAAUCUCCUAAUGCCUCUGUACCUAUCUCAGUAUUGGCUAAUUGGCUGCACUACAACGAUGUUUGUGAUCUCAUUGACCUUCUUUCUUCUUGUACUUUUUCUCGAGUAGAAUCCGUACUAAUUUCCUCCAUAAACAUGGAUACACUUAUGAAAGAAGAUUCUGCCCAUUUACUCGCUAAAUUCUAG